AUGUUCCUCGCCUCCAAAGUGAUCGCUGCCCUGAUAGGCGCCUCCAUGGCCAACGCUCACAUGACCAUGAAAACCCCUACGCCUUACAGCAAGGACAGUCUCAACAACUCGCCUCUGGCAGCAGACGGUAGUGACUUUCCCUGCAAGCUUCGCGAGAACACCUUCGAGGCCCCCUCCACCGAGACGAUCAUCGCCAUCGGCGAGUCUCACCCUCUGACUUUCAUCGGCAGCGCCACCCACGGCGGUGGUUCUUGCCAAAUCAGUCUGACUUCCGACUUGAAGCCCUCCAAGUCUUCCGAGUGGAAGGUCAUCAAGUCCUUCGAAGGUGGCUGCCCUGCCAAUGUCGAAGGCAACAUGUCCGGCGGCGCCGACGUCGCCGAUCCCUACACUUUCAACUUCACCAUUCCCGACGGCAUCUCUGCUGGCAAGUACACUCUCGCCUGGACCUGGUUCAACCGUAUCGGCAACCGUGAGAUGUAUAUGAACUGCGCACCCAUCACUGUCUCGGGUGGCCCCUCUAAGCGCUCCACCGAGGAACUCGACAGACGCGCUGCCAGCUUCCCGCCUAUGUUCGUCGCAAACAUCAAUGGCUGCACUACCCCUGAGAAUGUUGAUAUCCGCUUCCCUCAGCCAGGUGACUAUAUCGAGUAUGAUGGUGAGUCGGCCAACCUCGCCAAAGAGGGCUCCAAGGCUUGCACCGGUACCGCUACCUUUGGUGGCUCCGGGGAAAUUGGCCCCUCAGGCUCCUCUAGCUCUACCUCUUCCUCUGCCCCCACAGAGAGCGCUUCCGGUACAGCCGCCUCGGCAUCCACGGCCCCAGUUCCAGAAGCUACUCCAUCGAGCGCACCCGUCGAGCCCGAACCCGCAUCCACUUCAGCAGCUGCUCCAGCUCCUGUGACAACCUCUUCACCCUCUAGCCCUGGAUCCACCUCUAGCUCUAGUUCCGGUGCCUUGACGGGUAGCUGCAGUACUGAGGGCCAGUGGAACUGCAUUUCAGGCACAUCCUUCCAGCGCUGUGCUUCUGGCACAUGGUCCACCGCUCAGCAGAUGUCAACUGGCACGCAGUGCAGUGCUGGUCAGAGCGCGGAGCUUGUUGUCACUGCCAGUAAGAAGGCACGUCAUGUCUCGAGUAUGCGCUUCCGCAACCGUGCCUUCGGCGCUCACUACGCUCACGCGCUAAGUUAG